CAGGAGGCUCUGACACAGGCGUCAGCAGGAGCCCACUUUCUCUGGGUCGUCUGACAAGACGUGAGCUGUCCGUCACUCUCGUGUACCCCGGACCCAGCCCAGUACUCUUUUGGAAGCAAAGCAAAGUGUAAGUAAUGCUGUCCUGGGUUGACUUCAGGAGGCAGUUUUGGUUUUAACAGCCAGCAUUUGAUCAGCAGACUUCGUCUCUGGGAGAAACGUUGCUGGAUGCCAUCAGAGUUCUCAGUGCCCCAAACCGUGAACAACCCAAAUGGUCAUUUUCAACAGCACAGACACUAGUUAAAAACUGUGGACCCACAAACCUUAUUGGCAUAGACUUGACAGUCUAAUGAGAGGAAAGACGUGGCAGCCAUUAUGAAGGAAUGGUGAAGGUCUGCUUCUAGAAGAUGCUUUUCAAAAAUUGAGACAGUGCUCGUUCGUUCUUACAAAGGAGAAUAUGAAAGUGCUACUUGGGCUCAUUUGUCUUAUUGUACCUCUGCUGUCGCUGGAGACUGAUAAAUGUACAGAAUAUCCAAAUCAUAUCAUUUUAUUUUUAUCUGUAAAUGAAAUUGAUGUUCGCAAGUGUCCUCUUACUCCAAAUAAAAUGCAUGGUGACAUCAUAACUUGGUACAAAAAUGACAGCAAGACCCCCAUAUCAGUGGACCGGGACUCCAGGAUUCAUCAGCAUAAUGAACAUCUUUGGUUUGUUCCCACCAAGGUGGAGGAUUCAGGAUAUUUCUAUUGCAUAGUAAGAAACUCAACUCACUGCCUCAAAACUAAAGUAACCGUGAAUGUUUUAGAGAAUGACCCUGGCUUGUGUUACAACACACAGGUCAGCUUCCCACAGCGGUUCCACAUUGCAAGGGAUGGACGUCUGGUGUGCCCUUAUUUGAAUCUUUUUAAAGAUGAAAAUAAUGAGUUACCCAAAGUCCAGUGGUAUAAGAACUGCACACUUCUGCCACUUGACAACAAUGUAAGCUUCUUCGGAGUCAAAGAGCAACUGUUGGUGAGGAAUGUGACUGAAGAGCACAGCGGGAACUAUAUGUGCCGUAUAUCCUACACAUACCAGGGGAAGCAAUAUCCGGUCACACGAGUAAUACAAUUUAUCACAAUAGAAGAAAUCAAGAGGGACAAACCUGUGAUCGAGAGCCCACGGAAUGGGACUAUGGAAGCCGACCUAGGAUCCACACUACAACUGACCUGCAAUGUCACGGGCCAGUUCACAGACCUCGUCUACUGGAAGUGGAAUGGAUCGGAAAUUGAAUGGGACGAUCCCGUUCUAGCUGAAGACUAUCAAUUUAUGGAACAUCCUUCAGCCCAAAGAAAGUACACCCUCAUUACAGUACUUAACAUUUCAGAAGUCAGAAGCCAAUUUUAUCACUCUCCGUUUAUCUGUGUUGUUAAGAACACAAAUAUUUUAGAGUCAGCGUAUGUGUUAUUAAUAAACCCAGUCCCUGAUUUCAAGAAUUACCUCAUCGGGGGCUUUAUCACCCUCACAGCUACAAUUAUAUGCUGUGUUUGCAUCUAUAAAGUCUUCAAGGUUGAUAUAGUGCUUUGGUACAGGGAUUCCUUCUCUGGUUUUCUUCCCUCAAAAGCUUCAGAUGGAAAGACCUAUGAUGCCUAUGUUCUUUAUCCCAAGACCUUCGGAGAGGGAUCCUUCUCAAACUUAGAUACUUUUGUUUUUAAACUGUUGCCUGAGGUCUUGGAGGGACAGUUUGGAUACAAGCUGUUCAUUUAUGGAAGGGACGACUAUGUUGGAGAAGAUAUCAUCGAGGUUACUAAUGAAAAUGUAAAGAAAUGCAGAAGGCUGAUUAUCAUUUUAAUGAGAGAUAUGGGAGGCUUCAGCUGGCUGGGCCAAUCAUCUGAAGAGCAAAUAGCGAUAUACAGUGCUCUCAUCCGGGAAGGAAUUAAAAUUGUCCUGCUUGAGUUGGAGAAAAUCCAAGACUAUGAGAAAAUGCCAGAAUCUAUUCAGUUCAUUAAGCAGAAACAUGGAGUCAUUUGCUGGUCAGGAGACUUUAAAGAAAGACCACAGUCUGCAAAGACCAGGUUCUGGAAAAACUUGAGAUACCAGAUGCCAGCCCAACGUCGAUCACUGUUGUCUCAACACCACUUACGUACCCUGGAUCCUGUGCUGGGCACUAAGGAGAAACUGCCGGCAGAGACACACUUACCACUAGGCUAGCAUGGCAAAAGUUGGCAGGCCAAGAACUUUGGAAUGCCUCCUGUCACAAGAUGCUGCAGCUGGGCUGUGCCUCCCAGUAAAACAGUCAUGAAACAAACCCAUGCAGUCCCUUGUCCCAGAUCACCUGGAAUUGGAUUGUGAAGAGAACUGGACUUGGUGGCCAAGGCCACUCAGAGCAGAGAGCUUGGGAAGCCCCGGAGCAAAGGUUGCUCAGGGAGGCUGCUCUGGAUGCUUGAUUACCAGUCCAGGCAGUGAACUCAAUGUAGGAUGCUUCAGGAAAUGGCCACGUAUGUGUGUGGUUGAAUUAGAGUCUGUGGAAUCUCACAGUGGGAUUGUGGUUGUCUGAGGACACUUUGGGGGUCACUCCCCUAAGCAUAAGUGCGGGUGAGGUUUACUGAUACCCUACAGUGGAAUGCAUUUCUUCCUGGUAUUUUCCAGAUGUCUCGGCUGCCAAACUUGGUUUUCAAAGAUGGCAUUUUAUGGUGUAGACCUUGAAAACCGCCAUUUCAGUGAAGAAGGAUUCUAUGGGUUUCCCUUUCCUGCAGUCACCUUAACUUUCUGCAGAAGAGUGGAUUUUAAAUUAACUGAAGAAGGAAGCCAGACACCCACAGGUUUCUUCUAUUCAAUCCUCCACCCUGGAAUGGCUGUUGCACCAUCUUCCUUCUGCGUUUUCCUAGGCUCAUUGCUUCCCUGGAAAUAAAUGCAAUGCUUCCUCCCUCCAAUUGUUACAGGCAGUCUGAGGAUUCACCUUCACGUGGAGAGACUCCACUCUUACCCCACGCCCCCCCCCCCCCCCCCCCCCGCCGCCUGUGGGGGCUGCAUCCCCCACCCUGGGGCUGCAACACUUCUGGGGCUCUUCUGAGCUGAAGCUGAAGUCUAUGCUCCUCCCCUUCUUCUCUGGUCCCAGUAUCCCUCUUCACCCUCCUGCUGUGUGAUUGCAGAGCAACCUCUGGAACCUCCAUACUUGCCUAUGCCUCCUCCUUUGCUGUGACAUCCAUUCCCGUGCCUAUAAUUCGCUCUUGCAUCUUCUCUACCUGACAAGGAGUUCGCUAAAGUUGAAAGUUUAUUUCAAUGCUAAAAUCCCAACUGCCCAAUCUGUACUUACUCUAAGACUCGGCCAGCCCUCUUGUCUGUCAUUCCAACCCUGCUGCUUCUCUGUAAAAGGUUGUUUCUUCACUAGCAGAAAUCAGUCCGCAGGGAGGGGUAGUGGGUGUGUCUCUGUCUGCUCACUGCUUUCUGCAAUGGGAACAGAUAGACAGAUUUGCCAAGGCCUUUAUUUUAAGGUGUUUUUGGAUAAUCGUAUUUAAGUUUGCAAUUAUUCUAAUUUUAUAUAGAGAGAAACUGACUUAUUUAACAAAAGGACUCUCAUAACUCCAAUGGACCCAGGCCUUGAAUUUUCUGGUUUCUGUCCCUGUGCUCUGAUUUUUUGAUUUUAGGUCUAGCCCUGUGCACUAACCUCAGUACUCAGUACUUACUCAGUACUCAGUACUUACUCAGUACUCAUGGGAGGACACCCAACCAGGGUGUUCUUUGAGAAGCAACUGAGUGGAGGUAGGUUUUGACAGGAGAAUCCCAGUCCUUUACAGUGUUGGGAUUUAUAACACCUACGUUCAGAUUUUUCAGUAUGGUGUUUCUGUUUUCCCCCUAAAGGUCAACAUUUCUUCUCCUAACUAAAAGUGAAAGAAGAAAAAACAAUGUGUUUUGUGGUACAGAAGUUUUUUUUUUGCUUGUUUAUUUUUAACUUGAUCACUGUCUUCAGAAUAAUCCUCACGGUUCUGGAAGACUGAAAAACCAAGUUCACAUGCCAAGAACAAACCUGGUUUUAAGGGUUGUAUGUAUGGGGAUACCCUUCUGUCUUUCAGACUUUCAACAUCUGCUAUGGGUGAGCACAAAUGUUAUUUAAAAGCAUCUUCUCACGUACAUAGAAGUAAACAAAAACCACACAAUUUGGGAUGUUGACUCUUCAGUUUUGACCUUAUUUCUCCUGGAUCCAACCUGACAGUAGAUCAUUGGAUUGCUGGGGUAGAGAAAGAAAGACUGUCCAGACAAUGGCCAGAAGUCCGAUGGAGUGAGGUCAUUCCUCACCCAUAAGGCUUUAAAGGUUUAAUUUUGCUGAUAAUUUUUUUUUUAUCUGUCAUCCAAAAAAAAAUGUAGUGGCAUGCAUGUAUAUUACCUGUGAAUGAGAGUUAUAAGAAACUUAGCCAGGAAGUAUGAAGGGAGGAGCAAGAACAGAGAACCACAGAUCUUGUGACACCGGAGACUGAGGGGGAACAGAGCCAGUGCCAAGAAAGCCCCUCAGCAAAAAAAUAGAGUCAUUGCUGGUUCCCAGGGGUAGUCAGAGGAUGAAACACCACAUAUGGGCAAUGGGAACUUCCCGUGACUUCUCCCGGUCUGCCCCAGAAGUAUGUGGUGUCAGCUGAGGAUCAUGCAUUCCCCAAUACUUAGAUUUCACUGUGCUUUCUGAUAGUGUUUUUAAAAGGCCAAGUAUUGCAAAAGUUUGCACAUGCAACCAUGUAUUAAUUGCCAGUGUUUAAAACUGGUUUAGCAGAAUUUAUAUUUUUCUCUCUCCUGCCUUUUGAAUUUUACUCAUGAUAAAGUAUUGAGCCAUUUUAAUGACUUUUUAAAAUAAUUUAUAUUUAUACUGGUCAAUAAUGAAGGGUGUUUUUUUACUAUUGAAGAACUUGAUUUUAUAAUUCUGCAGCAGAUACCAAAUAUUAUGUAUCACAAACCACAAAAUUUAUGUACAGUGCAUAUUAUGGAUCAAUAAACUGAACUUGUUUUCCAAUAAAUUGUUUAAGCCUCCUUUGAAUACCA